CCCUAGUUGUUCCAUUCUCCCUUCUAUAGUUCUUUUCUCACGCACGUACAGAGCACGAAUGGCUCCGCCGGCGCAAAUGUGUCACGUUAACAAUGGCGACCUAAACGCCGCCGCUGUUAGAAUGGUGAUGAAGGAAGCGGCGCCGCCGCACAGUGCCAGCCUGCUGGACGCCGACGAGUUCCGGCGCCAGGGCCACCAGGUUAUUGAUUUCGUCGCCGACUACUACGCUGACAUGUGCAGCUACCCCGUGCACCCCAGCGUCACCCCGGGCUUCCUGCGCAGCGCGCUCCCUAAGGACGCUCCGUCACGCCCGGCGGAGCACGACGCGUUCGCCGCGGCGCUGCAGGACGUGCGCGACCACAUCCUGCCGGGCCUCACGCACUGGCAGAGCCCCCGCCACUUCGCGCACUUCCCGGCGUCGAGCAGCACGGCCGCUGCCCUCGGUGAGGCGCUCACCGCAGGCAUCAACGUCGUCCCGUUCACCUGGGCCGCCUCCCCGGCCGCCACGGAGCUCGAGAUGGUGGUCACGGACUGGCUCGGCAAGGCGCUGCACCUGCCUGAGAGCCUGUUGUUCUGUGGCGGCGGCGGCGGCACGCUGCUGGGAACCUCGUGCGAGGCCAUCUUGUGUGCCCUCGUCGCCGCGCGGGAGCGGAAGCUCGACGAGAUCGGCAGCAAGAGAAUCGGGGACCUCGUCGUCUACUGCUCCGACCAGACCCACUUUGCGCUCCGCAAGGCUGCGCGCAUCGCCGGGAUCCACCGCGACAACGUCCGCGAGAUCCCCACGCACCGCGACCGCAUGUUCGCGCUGUCGCCGGCGGACCUGGGCGCUGCCAUGCGGGCGGACGCCGACGCCGGGCUGGUCCCGCUAUUCCUGUGCGCCACGAUCGGCACCACCCAGACCGCCGCGGUGGACCCCGUCCGGGAGCUCUGCGCUGUCGCGGCGGCGCACGGCGCGUGGUCGCACGUGGACGCGGCGUACGCCGGGUCGGCGCUCGUCUGUCCGGAGUUCCGCCACCUGGCCGACGGCGCCGAUGCCGUGGACUCCUUCAGCAUGAAUGCCCACAAGUGGCUCCUGGCCAACACCGACUGCUGCGCGCUGUGGGUGCGGCAGCCGGCGCUGCUCGUCGCCGGGCUCGGCACGGAGCAGGAGUACAUCCUCAAGGACGCGGCGGCGGAGGGGCACGACAUCGUGGACUACAAGGACUGGUCCGUGACGCUGACGCGCCGGUUCCGGGCGCUCAAGCUCUGGCUCGUGCUCCGCUGCUAUGGCGUCGAGGGCCUGCGCGACCACGUCCGCGCCCACGUCCGGAUGGCCGCGGCGUUCGAGGAGAUGGUGAGGGCGGACGAGCGGUUCGAGGUGGUGGUGGAUAGGCAGUUUUCGCUGGUGUGCUUCCGGCUCCGUCCGCCGCCGGAGAAGCUCGGCGGCGAGAAGGCGGCCAACGAGCUCAACAGGAGUCUCCUGGAGGAGGUGAACGCGACCAGCUCGGGCCCGUACAUGAGCUCCGCCAAGGUGGGCGGCACCUACAUGCUCAGAUGCGCCGUCGGGAGCACGUUGACGGAGGAGCGCCACGUCACUGAAGCGUGGAGAGUCGUGCAGGAUCGAGCUGCUGAGCUGCUUGGUAAAAUGGAGAUUACCAACAGCGUGGUCGCAUAGUCUAAGAUGGGCUCGUCUUGGCUCCAUCUCAAACAGCCGACCACAGAUCGAAUAAACCAUGAACGGAAGUGGAAGCCGCAAAAGUAGUAAGCAUUUCGGAAUAAGGAGAUGAGCCAUGGCUAGACAUGCCACUUCUCCAACUUUAGGUACCCGAAGUGAGUGGUCACAUCUGUGUUACUGUAUGUACUAUUGAGGAAAUGCACAUGCUAUCCUAUGUAUAUGAUUAUUUUUUCCCGAGCAAUCGGCCGUAAUAUUUAUUAUUAGAAGAGAAAUAUUGGUUGGCACAAUUUACGAGGAAAACGAGUUUGAGAUACCAUGCAA